AUGACGAGCACCAGUGAUUCCCUGCCUGCGCGAACGCAUCCGACGGAGAAGGUCGCGGCAGACGGAGACGAAAGCGACGAGGAGGAUGUUUUCCAUGAUGCGCGCUUCCCAGCCGAAGAAGAAGAGAGGUUACUGAAAGAAGCCCACGAGAUCAAAAUUGAAGCGAAUCAACUUUUCGGCUCAAAAUGCUACGACCAAGCCAUCUCCUGCUAUGACCGUGCCCUGUCCUCGUGCCCCAACUACCUUGACUACGAUGUUGCUGUGCUCCGGAGCAACAUUGCCGCUUGUUACCUAAAGCUGGAAGAUUGGAAGGCGGCAGUGGACUCGGCAACCGCAUCAAUUGAACGCCUGGACAAGAUCAUUCCCCCAUCCUCGCAAGAAAAAGUCGCGGACGCAUCGAGCGAAUCUACCGCACCCACCACCAACCCGCAAUCGAACGACGAGGUGGUCGAAAUAUCGGGCGAUGACGAAGAGGCGGUGGAAAAACAAUUGAAGCGUUUGAAGGAACAGGACGAGCAGCGGACCAACGUCAGCCGAAUUCGGGCCAAGGCUCUGAUGCGACGAGCAAAAGCAAAAUCCCAAUUAGCUGGCUGGGCCAACUUGCAGGGCGCAAUGGAAGAUUACCAAGUCCUUGCUGGUAUGGACACGCUCCCUCAAGACGAGAAACGGAUUGUCCAGCGGGCCCUUCGUGAGCUGCCCGAACGACUCAACCAAGCGAAGGAGAAGGAGAUGGGCGAGAUGAUGUCGAAGAUGAAAGAUCUUGGAAACGGUCUUCUCAAGCCGUUUGGUUUGUCGACGGAUAACUUCAACUUUGUACAGGAUCCCAAUACCGGGGGUUAUAGCAUGAAUUUCCAAUCCUGA